AUGCCACAAAAAGCUCUCAAAGUCACCAAACAAGCCAAGGACCCCAGAAGAGUAACAAAGAUGCAGAAAAACCUGCGGAAAGCUGCUCCUCUGCAAAUCAAGUCCAAGAAGAAAUCCUUAUCACAUCUUAAAAAACUGAAUAAGGUCUCAUCGCUGACUGUGUCGACUGAGAAACUGAUAGCUAGCCGAGUUGGACAUUUGGAGCUUUUGAAGGGUACCAGAAAAGAACUGGCAAAACAAAAGAAAAAUGACUCCAAAUAA